AUGGCCUGUCUCUCUCUUUCCUCGAAGUGGUCGUCUCAUCCCUCUUCCGUUCGUCGCUACUUGAGGUACCGCGACAUCUACCGCUGGGUUGAAAUAGACAAAAUGGGUGAUGCCAAGUCAGAUCUCGACUCCAAAACUAAUGCCGCGGAGACACCUACUAUCGAACAUGAGGAGUCCGCUCAGGAAUCGAAAUGGAAGACGGCAAAGCCAGCCGAUGGCGAUGUCGCCAUGGCACUGUUCAGUGACCCAACCGACCUCCAUGAAGACGUUGAUCCGGUUGAAAUGAGAAAGCUGAUAUGGAAGAUUGAUUUCAUGAUCUUGCCGUAUCUUGCCGUCUGCUAUGCGUUCUUCUACAUUGACAAGACAACUCUGAGUUAUGCGGCCAUUUUUGGCAUUGUCGACGAUCUCAAUCUACACGGUACACAGUAUAGCUGGCUCAGCAGUGUUUUCUACAUUGGGUUCUUGAUUUGGGCGUUUCCUACGAACUUUCUUAUGCAGCGCUUGCCCAUAGGAAAAUAUCUCGGUGUGAACAUCUUCAUGUGGUGCGUUAAUCGUCGGAUUCCCGCACAUGUCAACUAA